CUCACCGUAAUAGGCCUCCCCUUCUUCAAUCUCGUUCUGUAGCCCUAAAACCCGAAAAACCCUAACACUGAAUCUCCCAUGGCGGACCAAGAGCUCGAUCCCUCCCCGCUCCUCCAUGUCUUUGCCUGCUCUCAACUUUUCUUGCCAUGGAACCCACCGACUCCUUGGUCACCUUGGCCAGUACUCCUCGACUCACUUUAGCACACUCAUAUAGGGUGCAUGUUAGCACACAACCGCGAUAAUAUUCCCCUUCCUUGUCCUCAAGUAAAUUGAAAUAACCGCUUAGGCCCAAAUUGCACGCACCAACACAUUUUAGCGUGACAUGGUGCAUUUUAGCAAAUUUUGGCACACGCAGCUAAAGUGCAUUGGAUUCAUGUUCAUUUUCUUAGUUUUAAUGGCUUAGAGUUGUAUGAAUGUGUUGGUUUGUUGAAUUGUAGGGUAUGCGGUGGAGGGUCGGUUACUGAGGGAGUGCAGAGGUUCAUUUGGGACCAUUUCCUAAGCAGAGGUAUCCUUAAGGUCAUUUUGGUUUCUGUAUAUCAGGAACCUAAAAUGAUGAGUCUUGAUAUGCAGAAAGAACAACUGGAGAUCCAAAUAUGGUAAAAUGCAUUCAUCGGCCAUGGAAUCCGCAUCAGAAAAUGAGCUCCAAGACUUGAGGCCUGAUGUUGUACAUAAUAUAUGAUCCAGUAUGUCUCCCUCAUCUUGUUCGAGUACUUGCCAUUCUUUUGAACCAGAAUAAAUCAAUGGAUGGUAAAGUCAAUGGUAUUAAUCAAUGGAAUGCUGAUGACAACAGUGAUGGAUUUGAUAGUAAAGUCAAUGGAGCUAAUCAAGGGAAUCCUAAUGCUGAUUGUGAUGGAUUUGACAAAAAUCCCACUUCAAACUCUGGCUCAAGGGAGGGCCAUAUGGCUUAUAUUGCUUUUAUUAUUCGUAAUACUAAUACAUUUAAUCAAUUUCUCUCUCUUGUAGGCCAAGCUAACUUUACCAUCACAGACCUAACUGAAACACACAAGCUAAUGGUAAUACUAGUAAUAUUGGGGGUGCCGUGUCUUAGGUCAUUGUAGAUGGGAAGCUGGUCCAAAACCAAUAGAUGGCCUUUGGGCUCCAUGGUGGUAUAAGAGUGUAUAUAAAUCAACAGGUUUUUGCAAGCAAGAAACCAUUUCCUUUUCCUCUGUAUGACUUGCUGGAGCAAAGUCUACCUUUAUACAACAUGCUUAGGUGCCAUGUGAAGCAGACAUCAUGCCUUCUAAAGUCCCCUUUACCUCCUCCUGAUCUUCCAGUUCCUGCAAAUGAGAAGCUACUUGCAUGGGUUGGUGAUAAGAUUUUACCCUGUGACAGUGGAAAGAUAAAAAAAGCCAUCUUCUCAACUCUCAUUAGGUGUGGAAUGUUUGAUAAUGCACACAUCCGACUGUCUCUAACUUGUGGCAAGAAGGUUACUUCUGGCAUGAAUCCAGCAUUCAAUCUUUAUGGAUGCACUUUAAUUGGUAAGAAUGAAUUUCUAGUUCACUGCAAUUAUAGCAAAGGUUCUCCAAGAGACCAGGGAAGCCAACCACCCCAAAUGGUUUUUUGGGUAGGCAACAGCCUUGAAUUUUGAGAACCUGCUUCAGAAAACAUGGAGCGUCCAACCGAGGUUAUCUUCUAGGAUUCUUGCUGAAUUUUGAUUAAACUAUUUGUUCCGUUUGACACAAGUUUUUUAUGGAAUGUAUAUGGUUCUGUAUGGUUGGUAUGA